CCGCGGAGCUGGGGGUACUCCUGGCUCGUGUCAGCUGCGCCCUUUUUACUCUAUCUCCUCCCUUCUCCCGCUUCUCCCUUCCCUCUCCCCCUCCCCUCCCCACCCCCUGGGACCCCUGGCGGAGUGUGCGUGUGUGGGAGCGCGAGAGCCCCCCACAGCCACCCCUUGGGGCGCACGGCUGCAGUUAGGGUGAGGGUCCCAGUGCGCAGGCGCGCUCCCGUUCGCGGUCCCCAACGGACGCACCCGCGGCGGGAACGAGAAGGGGCCACCCGUGUGAGGCCCUCAUCUGUCAGCUGGAGAAAGACUACGUUUUCAGUGCCUCUGGGCUACUCUGCUUAGCUGAGGGGCUUUGGGCACCACCAGAAGAUGCCUCUGCCACCUGCCUGCUCCUCCUGACCCUCCAGGUUUCUGCCACACUGCCCCAUGGAGGAUGUGCCCACCUCACUCAGCUGCUGUGACUGUCAGCACCACUUUCCCAGUGUCCUGGAACUGUCAAAACACCGUGAACUGCUCCAUCCAUCCUCCAGCCAGGACAGUGAGGAGGCUGAUAACAUCCCUCCGCCCUACCGCUGUCAGCAGUGUGGGCAGGGCUACCGUCACCCAGGAAGCUUGGUCAACCACCACUGUACCCAUGAAACUGGCCUUUUCCCCUGUACCAUCUGUGGCAAGGACUUCAUUAAUCCCAUGGCCCUCAAGAGCCACAUGAGGACUCAUGCUCUUGAGGGAAGCCCCAAGGAAGCCACUCCACGCCUCCAGGGGGAGACAGUGUCCACUGACUCUUGGGGCCAGAGGUUUGGCCAUGGGGAAAGCUGGGAGAAUCAGAAAAAACAUGCCGAAGAGACACCUGGCUGUGAAUCUGGGCCUGACCCCAGGGCAGCUCUGGACACUUGGGAAGAUCCACCCAUCAGACAAAGAGAAGACUGGGAAAGCCAGCGAAAUCCUGAGGAGGGUGCGGAGGGCUGGGGGUCCAUCACCAACUCUGCCAGGGCCCCGCUGCUCUCCACUCCAGCCAGCAGCCUCCUUAGCAACUUGGAACAGUAUUUGGCUGAGUCAGUGGUGAAUUUCACGGGGGGUCAGGAGCCCCCCCAGUCCUCUCCUGCAGAGGAGGAACGGCGGUACAAGUGUGGUCAGUGUGGCAAGACUUAUAAGCACGCGGGGAGCCUCACCAACCACCGCCAGAGCCACACCCUGGGCAUCUACCCUUGUACCAUUUGCUUUAAGGAGUUCUCUAACCUCAUGGCUCUGAAGAACCACUCCCGACUCCAUGCCCAAUAUCGGCCUUACCAAUGUCCCCACUGCCCCCGUGCCUUUCGGCUGCCCCAAGACCUGCUGGAACACCAGCAAUCCCAUGAGGGAGAAAGACAGGAGCAGCCGUGGGAAGAGAAAGGGAUGCCCACCACCAAUGGGCACACAGACGAGAGCAGCUGGGAUCAGCUCCCUAGUACACCGAUGCUGAACGGCUCUGGGGAACUCGGCGUCUCUGGGGAGCUGGAGGACAGUGGGCUGGAGGAGUACCGACCUUUCCGCUGUGGGGACUGUGGCCGUACUUACCGCCAUGCUGGGAGCCUUAUCAACCAUCGCAAGAGUCACCAGACAGGUGUCUAUCCUUGCUCCAUCUGUUCCAAGCAGCUGUACAAUGCAGCUGCUCUCAAAAACCAUGUGCGGGCUCAUCACAGACCCCGGCAAGGAGCUGCAGAGGAUGGGCAGCCAUCCGAGCUGCCACCUCCUUUGGCUCUGACGGAGACCACCCACAAAGAGAGAGAGGUUCCCACCGCCACCCUGGACCACCGCCCCUAUAAGUGCAAUGAAUGUGGUCGGGCUUACCGCCACCGGGGGAGCUUAGUGAACCACCGCCACAGCCAUCAGACAGGAGAGUACCAGUGCUCGCUCUGUCCCCGCAAGUACCCCAACCUUAUGGCCCUGCGCAACCACGUGCGGGUCCAUUGCAAGUCUGCUCGUCGCAGCACAGGCCCAGGGGCUGAAGGUCCCCCCAGCCAACUCAGGGUGGAGUCUGACUCAGUGGGAGCAAAGGCAGCCCCAUGUACAGAUCAAGGGACUGGGUGCAAACAAGAAGAGAAGGCCACUGAUGUCCCCCCAGUAGCAGAUACGACAGCACAACAGAUACGCGACAUGCGUGGGAUGCUCUCUGAAGAUCCUGAGAGCCUUGAGCAUCACAGCCGGACCCAUGGAGAAGGGGGGAAUAGCAGGACAGAGGCCAGGGUGUCACCUCCUCGGGCAUUUGCCUGCCGGGACUGUGGAAAGAGCUAUCGCCACUCAGGCAGCCUUAUCAACCACAGGCAGACCCAUCAGACAGGGGACUUCAGCUGCGGGGCCUGCACCAAGCACUUCCACACCAUGGCUGCCAUGAAGAACCAUUUACGACGCCACAGUAGGCGUAGGAGCAGGCGGCCCUGGAGGCGGACUGGCAGUGCUGGGGGUGGGGGAGAAGCCCAACUCCCUUCUGGUGGGAACUGGGCCCAGGAGUUGGUAGAAGACAAUGAGGGCCCGGACUGUCCCCAGGGCCCUUCAGAGGAAAGUCCUAGUGGAGCCGAAAGCAACUUGGAAAGUGAUGGGGGCUCUUUGCAGGCUCAUGCUGAAAGAGACAAAUGUGAGCCUCAAAGGGAUGAGGCCUGUUUCCAGGGUGAUAAAGAGAGCAGAGGUCCUAAGGAAGGACUAGAAAGGAAGGAGGCCUGCUUUCUUGACAACUUGGAAAUGCCAGGUGAUGAGGAAAGCAAUGGGACCCGCUUCUGCGAUGGCCUCCCUGGGGUGGAUGAAGACCAGAAACCAGCCACUGGCCAGCCCAGCUCUUCCCACUCCGUUGAAGCUGUCACUAGCUGGCAGGCUGAGGUCUCCCACACAUGUUCUGACUGUGGGCAUUCGUUCCCCCAUGCCACUGGCCUGCUGAGCCACAGGCCCUGCCACCCACCAGACAUCUAUCAGUGCUCCCUCUGCCCGAAGGAGUUUGACUCUCUGCCUGCCCUGCGCAGCCACUUCCAGAACCACAGGCCUGGGGAGGCAGCCCCAGCACAGCCUUUCCUCUGCUGCCUCUGUGGCAUGAUCUUCCCUGGGCGGGCUGGCUACAGGCUUCACCGGCGCCAGGCUCAUGACUCCUCUGGACUGACUGAGGGCUCAGAGGAGGAGGAGGGAGAAGAUGAAGCAGCAGCAGUGGCAGCCUCCACCCAUAGUACCCCACUACAGCUCUCAGAAACAGAGCUGUUGAAUCAGCUGCAGCGGGAGGUGGAGGCAUUGGAUGGAGCCGGUUAUGGGCACAUCUGUGGCUGCUGUGGUCAAACCUAUGAUGACCUAGGGAGCCUGGAGCGUCACCACCAAAAUCAGAGUUCUGGGAACACGACAGACAAGGCUCCCAACCACUUGGGAGAGUCAGGUGAUACCACGGAAAUGGUUGCAGAUGGCGUCUUUGAGGGCACGGUGACUUCUCUCCCUGCAGAAGGUGGAGACACAAAGUCUGGAGAGGGAGUAGGUGCCCGGGUUGCAGACAGCCUCUCCGUGCAGGGCGGGGAAAGUUCCCUGGAGGAUCAGCCCCGCCCCUUCCGCUGCAAUCAGUGUGGCAAAACCUAUCGCCAUGGGGGCAGCCUAGUGAACCAUCGCAAGAUCCACCAGACUGGAGACUACAUCUGCCCUGUCUGCUCCCGCUGCUACCCCAACCUGGCUGCCUACCGCAAUCACCUGCGAAACCACCCACGCUGCAAAGGCUCUGAGCCCCAGGUGGGGCCCGCCUCACAGGCCGGAGGCGGCAGUGAGCCCCAGAACGUGGCAGAGGAGGGGCUGGGGCAGGCGGAAGUGGAGAAGCUCCAGGAGGAAAUUAAAAUAGAGCCCCCCGAGGAGGUGGCAAGGGUGAAAGAAGAGCCGUGGAAGGAGCCCACUCUGAAGGGGGAGGAGAUGGGGCUGAGGUUGGAGACUGCGGAGAAGGGCUGCCAGACCGAGGCCAGUUCUGAGCGGCCCUUCAGCUGCGAGGUAUGUGGUCGGUCAUACAAGCACGCCGGCAGCCUCAUUAACCACCGGCAGAGCCACCAGACCGGCCACUUUGGCUGCCAGGCCUGCUCCAAAGGCUUCUCAAACCUCAUGUCCCUCAAGAACCACCGGCGCAUCCACGCAGACCCCCGGCGUUUCCGCUGCGGGGACUGUGGGAAGGCGUUCCGCCUGCGGAAACAGCUGGCUAACCACCAGCGGAUCCACCUCGAGAGGGGUGGGGGCACCCGAAAACUGGCUCGGGAAGAUUGGCCCUUCCGGUGUGGGCAGUGUGGGCGGAGCUACCGCCAUGCCGGCAGCCUCCUGAACCACCGGUGCAGCCCUGAGACGGGCCCGUACAGCUGUCCCACCUGUCCCAAGACCUACUCCAACCUCAUGGCCUUGAAGGACCACCAGAAGCUACACGCAGAGAGCCGGCGGCGGCGAGCAGGGCGGGCCCGGCGGGCAGCUGUCCGCUGCGCGCUCUGUGGCCAGGGCUUCCCGGGCCGGCGUUCUCUGGAGCGGCACUUGCGAGAGCAUGAGGAGGAGACCAAAAGUGGUCAGGGAGGUCCUGGAGGCACAGAGGGCAGCAAGGGGAACCUCGCUGAUGACAAGGGACUGGAGGACAGAUCUGGUGGUACUGAGUCAGUUCCCCAGCUGCAGUGUGGAGCCAGGAAGCCAGGGGAGCAGAGUCAUAGCCCCAGCAGGUCAGCAGGUCCGGAAGCCACAGAGCCAGUACCCUGGGGCAUGGGGCAAACAGAUGGAUGGCAAGGAGAUGGGGGACCGGUGAAUCAUGAUGGAGAUUGGGUUCCUCGGGGUCAUGUACUGACCAAGCCAGAAGAAGACUCAGCAGACAGUGUCCCCAUAAGUUCUUGCCACCUUGGCAACAGCCAGCCCAAUGGACCUAGUCAUGUGGACAGCUGGGACAAUAGAGACAGCACCCCUCAGCUCCAACCAGAGAGCCACCCCUUUUCCUGCUGCCGUUGUGGUAAGACCUGCCAGUCGGAAGGCCCCUUGAACCACCACACCCAUAAGGCAGACUGCCACUAUUGCCUGCUCUGCUCCAAGGAGUUCCUGAAUCCUGUGGCCACUGAGAGUCACAGCCACAACCAUGUAUCUUCCCAGACCUUUGCCUGCCCUGACUGUGGCAAAACCUUUCCGUUCCAACAUGAACUAGCCAGCCACCUGCAAACUCAUGCCAAGGGCCUCAGUCAGGUACCACCCCAGAUAGAGGAGGCCAGAGGCCCCAAAGCUGGGACUGUGGAGGAUGAGGUAGAUGUCGCUGGUCAAGGGAAAGCCCAGAAGGCCCCAACAGGUCCCCCCCGGGCCCCAGGAGAGAAUACUGAGAGAGCUAAAGAAGGGCAGGGAGUGAAGUCCACAGUGGCUGACGAUGAGGACCGGCCUUUCCGCUGUGCCCAGUGUGGGCGUUCAUACCGCCAUGCCGGUAGCUUGUUGAACCACCAGAAGGCCCACACCACUGGACUCUAUCCUUGCUCCCUCUGUCCCAAACUUCUACCCAACCUGCUUUCCCUUAAGAACCAUGGCAGGACCCACACGGACCCCAAACGCCAUCGCUGCAGCAUCUGUGGCAAGGCCUUCCGGACAGCUGCCCGGCUGGAGGGCCACGGGCGGGUCCAUGCACCCCAGGAGGGGCCCUUCACCUGCCCCCAUUGUCCCCGCCAUUUCCGCCGCCGCAUCAGCUUUCUGCAGCACCAGCAGCAGCACCAGGAGGAGCGGACAGUGGCCAACUCUGGUACGGGGAUAUGAAUGGGCAGAGGACUGAAGGAUCCCAGAGGAGGUGGGCGUACAGUGGAGGGCAAAAUCUGGCCCCAAGGUAGUGGGGAAGCAAGGAGUGAGAGGAAAGGGUCCUAUGGGUCUGAGGUGACCAGAAGCUUGGGUAUGGAAUGAGAAAACUAGUUUGAAGAUGCUGCCCUUUGGCCUAGAUCUGAACCCCUGGGUCAGGUAAAUAGAUAGCAUGGUGGGCGGGAUAAGGACUGGGCAGGGGCAGAGGCCGCUGCCUGGGCUCCUCUGCUGUGCCUGAGCCAAAGAGGAGUCUUCGUUUUGGGAGGGAAGGCAGCUGGGUACCAUCUGGCUGCUACAACUGGAAACCCUCCUGAUCCAGCCAGUAAUGACUCCCAGGGGAAAAGAUGAUCUAGGUUCUGCUCUUCCCUAGAGUAGGCAGGGAGUCAGGGAAUGAGGAAGGGGCUGAGGGAGGCACCCCCAGGCUGGACUUUGUGGCUUCAGUGCUGACUUGGCCAGAGAAACUAGGCCACUGAAUGGUCUCCAGCCCCCUGUCCCUGUUUCCCUGCAUCUGGUCUCUGCUCCCCCUCCGCUUUUCUUGGAAACUAGACCUUUGGUCCUUUCCUACCAGUAUUGCCUCACGUCUCUUCUCUUUAUUCAGCCCUUUUCUCUAUCUGCUGUGUAUGCUUUUUAGGAUCCAACCAAACCACCCUUUCUACCUGCACACCCCCUCCCGCCAGCACACCUUUAACUGGAGGGCUGAGUCACAGAUGAUAGUUCCUUUGAAGCCAGGCCCAGCUGUAGUAACAACAGUGAUUAGCCCCUAUCACCCUUCUCUAUCGGGGAACUCCACGGAGUCACCUCCACCCAGCCAAGCUGGAAGAUGAGCUGGAAGAGUGGGACAGCCUAUUUCCCCAGCAAGCGCUGGGCUUGCUCGCUUCACCUCUAGAGAUCUCCCGGAACCCAUUCCACUCAGUGGCCGCCAAGGAUGGGUGCCCUGAGAUGGCGGGCCCGUGACCAGAAAUUGUCAGGGAAGGAGGGGAUGGUGGCUGAGAGUCCCCUAGGAGAGCUGAUGAGAUGGCGUUCAAGGUGAAAGGUUUCUUGUAACCUUAGGGAACGAGUGAGGAGCCAGUUGGCCAAGCCUGGGAAACCCCGUGGAAGUCUUAGGGCGAUAGGGCUCUCCUACAGGUUCCCCCGGCCAUGGGCAGGGCUGGGGAGGGGAGUACAAGCUGUAUGGAGGGUGCCCCCUCAGUACCUUCUCUCUCCCCAGGAGCCUCAAAGGCACCAGCAGCGGGCCUGUCAUUGCCCCCUCCACCCACCCCCACAACCCCACUUCUGGACCCUUCACCCCAGUGGCCUGCAGAUCUCAGCUUCUCCCUCUGAACUUCAAUUCUCCAAAGAUCAAUACAGGGCAAGAGUGCAGGUUGCAGGGAAAGGUUUGACCUCCAUGUUCUACUCAGGCGUAGUUUGGGCAUCCCCAUCUCUCCUCUCCCCUGGCUUCUCUCCCAUGUCCCUGUCCGUGAAGGGCCUCCUUCCCCAGCCUUGGUCACCAUGCAAUUCAUUGUGCUCGUCCUACAAGAAACCUGGUGCCAGGGUGUGCGGGAUGCGGGGCUCCCCCCACCACCCUCACCCACCGGGUUCCAACACCAGGGAGGCAGAUUCAGAGAGAGCCAGGGAUAGGAAUGUUGCCUGUGGAGGGGGGAGGGGGGGCUUUUGCUACAAUUUGUAACUUAUUUUCUAAAGUCUAUUUUGUAACAAUUUAUUUAAGU